GUCGCCAUUUGACCGAUGAAAAAACGUCAAUUGACUGAUCAAAAGACGCACGUCAAUCUUUCGAAGUACCCCCUUCAAUUUCAAAUCCCCAGUGAGAAACCACACCGAUAUGCAACCCCCAUACGAGGAGGAGGACUCCGAGAUACCCGUGCCGGUAGACAACGACCUCGAACUGCGCAUCCACGACAUCUUCAUGGCCCACGACCCUUCAGGCAACAAGACAGCAGACUCUGAAACCCUCGCCAUAAUAAUAAGGGCCCUGGGCCUCUUCCCCACCAACGAGGAGAUCAGGGAGAUCGUGGAGAAGACCCAGAAGAAGAACCAGCCGGGCACAGUACACCUGGUGAGCUUCCUACCCUUCAUCGCCGGUGAGAUAAACAAGGGCAGGUACAAGCCGGACAAGGUGGAGGACCUACUGGCGGCCUUCCAGAGGUUGGACGGGGAGAAUCGAGGGUACCUCACCAGGGAGCAACUCAAGGGGUUCAUGACGGAAUACGGGGAGCCCCUGGACGAAGAGGAGAUGGAGGAGAUGCUGGAGGUGGCCUAUGACGGCUUCGACAAGAAGGUCUAUUACGAGGAGUUCGUGAACAAGCUGUGGUACAAGCCGAAGGGGGAAGAUGAUGUAUUCGUGUUGGCUCAAAGAAUUGAGGCUGAAAAACCACCACCUCCUGUCGAAAGCAGGAGAAGGUUCUCCCAGCUCUUCACGUCACAGUCGAACCUUGCUAGGUCCACCAGUCAGUCGGCAGCUGCAGCUGAUUCGUCCAAGAAGUGACCUUCAUAUAGUCGUGAUGUUGGAUGCAGAAUAAAUAAAUGUUUAUGUUGUAUAGUUUAUAGUUUGGUGAGGUCCCUGCGACUUUUAGGUCUAUUGUACCUUCCAUAAGGGCUGUUCUAACAACUGAGUCCUCUACAGUAGCUCCAGAGUUCCAAUGGACUCCUGGAAGGGCUUCCAGGAGGCUAAUUCCUUGUCCAAGACAUUCCUUGCAUUUUGGAUCUUGCAGUUUUGAAAUUCCGGAGGUAUUUUUUGGCUUGAUCCAUUCCUGGAGGAUUCUUCCAGAGUGUUACCCUUUUGGUUUAUUCCUUCUCCAGAAACUCUUCCUUAUGGGAGCAUUCUCCUAUAAUACAGAAAGGCUCUGGGCCAAUAAGUGACGUUUGCGAAGAAUUUUUCAAUAUAUCCUCGUAGAGAUUGCACAAUAACCAAUCAACAAUGAUUCCCUUAGAAUUGGCAACAAUUCCUAAUUUUCGAUCUUGUUGGGACGCCCUGUAACACUCCGGUCGAUGUAAAUUGAGCGAUCAGAGGAGAAUUUAGUUAUUUACGGUGAAAUUUCGGAAAAUACCACAUAAUUCAUACUUUCUGCACGAUCAUCAAGAAGAACAAUGAACAUAAUGACAUAAUUUUAACAAAACGAACAUAUCUCCUCAGUUCAUCUAUUAUUUCGACACCGAUUCACUACUGGCAUCGCUGAUUUUUUCCAACGCGAAUCUAUUGUUAGUUUCCGAUCUUAAAACUGCAAAACAGCGUGUCAGUUCCCACGUCUGAGCGUCCUUCCUCAACUUUUCCUACGUCCGAUUUUUUUUGUUAUGUAUUUAUGUAUAUAUAAAGUUACGUAAGGCCAAUUCAGAUGGUAUUUGUUAAUACAGAUGCAAAUGCUCGAUUGCGGUUGGUUUCUUUCUUCAAUUCGCUUGGAUUCAUUACUUAAUUUGUGUCAAUUGUAGGGUAGUAGCGUAAUUUUGAGGUGAGUCAGUCGAUGUUGCCAAUCCUGUCGUCUAGGAAAUUGUUGAGCGCAUUUCAUUGAUGGGACACC